AUGGCUACGGUAGAUACAAUCCUGGCGGGCAAGUAUCCGGCGAAAGCGCAUGCGCGCCGUGUGGCCGAAAGCCUCCAAUCUCACAGAAAUGGUGGUCCUGGAAUUGUCUACCUGGAAGCUCAGAAAACUCGGUUGAUUGAAGACAAUGACGAGCCAGUGCCCUUUAGACAACGUCGUCCAUUCUUAUACCUAUCUGGAUGCCUGUUACCGGACUCUUGUCUGGUUUACGAUCUGAGUGAGGACCAACUUACUCUGUUCAUUCCUCCGGUCGACCCGGAGGAUGUUAUCUGGUCCGGUCUUCCCAUGUCUACCGAGGAGGCUCAAAACCAGUACGACGUCGAUCGCGUGUUGGUGACAACUGAACUCAAUAGCACUCUCGCCUCUAUUGCGUCCAGCCAUGGCGGCAAGGCGAUCGCUUUUACCAUUGCAGAUCAGGUCUCCGAAAGCACAAAAUUUCAUGGCUUUUCUGAGGUGAACCCGUCCGUGCUGAAGGGAGUCAUCGAGCAGUCUCGCGUGGUCAAGGAUGAGUACGAAGUCGCGUUGCUGAGAAAAGCGAACGACAUUUCUGCCAAGGCGCACAUUGCAGCUAUUAAGGCGUCUAAAACUGCCGUGAACGAGCGUGAAAUCGAGGGUGCUUUCAUCGCAACUUGUAUUGCUCAUGGCGCUCGAGAACAGGCCUAUCACCCUAUCGUCGCUUGCGGCGAGAAUGGUGCCACUCUUCACUACGGGAAGAACGAUGAUGCACUGAUCGACCUCGUGACAAAGCAAAAGAAACGCAAUGUACUUAUUGAUGCCGGUGGAGAGUACCGCGCCUACUGUGCUGACAUCACUCGUGUCUUUCCUCUAGGGGGAAAAUUCACUGCAGAAACGCGGCAGAUCUACGACAUUGUCUUGCAGAUGCAGACAGAAUGUAUUGCAAUGCUGAAGGAAGGCGUUCAGUGGGAGGAUGUGCAUGCCCAUGCCCACCGUGUUGCAAUUCGAGGCCUCCUUAAGUUAGGGAUUCUGCAAGGCGCCGAGGACGAGAUCUUUGAAAAGAGAGUCAGCGUCGCGUUUUUCCCGCAUGGUCUCGGACAUUAUCUUGGGAUGGACACUCAUGAUACCGGCGGCAAUCCGAAUUACGCGGAUAAGGAUACCAUGUUCCGGUAUCUUCGCGUCAGAGGACGUUUGCCUGCGGGCUCGGUGAUCACCGUCGAGCCAGGCGUAUAUUUCUGCCGUUUUAUCAUUGAACCUUACCUCAGGUCCCCCGAGUCAAACAAAUACAUCGAUUCCAGCGUCCUCGAGCGCUAUUGGAGCGUUGGGGGAGUCCGUAUUGAAGACAACGUUCUUGUGACCAAAGACGGAUACGAUAAUCUAACCACAGCGCCAAAGGCUGUUGAUGAAAUAGAGAGACUAGCUGUCUCGUAA